GUUCAAUACAACAAAACCACCUUUCAAGGACAAACAACAUCAACUAGAUUAAAAAAAAGCAUAGAAGGCUCUUUCUCUCUCAGCUCUCUCUCUCUCUCUUUCUAUUUCUCUCAUUUUCAGUCUCUCCAUUUUCUCUCACUUCUACUUUCUCUCUCCUCUUCUUUAGAGAAUCAAAAACCUCAUCUACUCCCAUCCCUUCUAAUACCCACAAAAUUAAAAUUAAAAAAGUUAGGGUUUUGUCUAAUUUCUUCAUCAAAUUCAUCUCUAUAUAUUAGGAAUCUUAUCUUAAAGUUUCCACCUUUGAGUUGAUGGUGGAGCUUUCUCUCUCUUCUUUGGAGUUUAAAACGGCGCCGUUUCAGAUCCAAGUCAAGCCAUCUUCUUGAUUUUUCCUCUUUUCUGAGAUUACCCAGAAUGAUCUGAAGGUUUAGGUCGUGUAUGUGAAGAUCAUUCAACAUGGCAAGUGCUAUUUUGGAGUCGUUUAAUCAACAAAGUGAAUCCAAUCUUGCUUCUAAAUCCAUAACAUUGCAUGCUUCAUCAAUGGAUUUGGUACCUGUGAAUGACACUUCUGCCGAGAAUCGUGAGGAGACGCCAGAGAAAUGCAGGCAUUUCUCUAUACGAGGCUAUGUAUCAGAAGUGCGCAAAAAGGAUCCAAAACUUUGCUAUCCAUUCACACUUAAGGACUCCAUUGAUCCACUUUGUAUUGAGCUUCCUCCUAUGGUGGUUCCCAAGUUUAGGUGGUGGCAGUGUGUUAGUUGUGUCCCGGAAGCUAGUACUUCGUGUGGUGUCGAAAAUAUUGAAAGUCAGAAGCCUGAUGAGGUUGCAGAAACUUCAUUGCCACUGGUAGGGGAAUCUUCAAAGGUGUAUGCUCCUAGAGGGCUCAAUGCGGACACUAGUACUUCUAUUGAUUCGAACGAGAAUCGAAACUUUCUUAAUAAUGUGUUUGCUGAUCCAAAAGGAAAAGGCAAGGCUUAUGUUGAAGAUAAGCCUGCAGCACAUUCAGCUCGGGAAAAUGGCUUUGUCAAGGAAUCAAUUCAAGGAUAUCUGCAGCAAACUGGUGGAAAAAGUGAAGAUAGCCCGGUUGCUGAUGAAGUUGGGGCGGUAGGAGUAAGAUGCAAUGGAAAUGGAAACAUUGAAGCCGUUCAAAACGAGUGUAGAGAGGAUGGAACGAAAGCAGGGCGUUCUCAAGAGAAUCAGCUUGCAGAUUUGGCAAACAAUGUUGUAGGAGUGGAGGUAAAUGAUGUACCGAGCAUUGACAGAAAAACUCGUGUAGUGAACUUACCGGAUCUGAACGAGUGCAGUGGAGAAGCUCUGUAUGAUGAAAAUAACGGAGCCUUGAUUACCAUUAAUAGUAACGAUGUAUUAUCUGAAGAUGAUGACGAUUAUUUAGGGGCAGAGCGUAGGAAAUUCCCAAAAACGAGGCUUUUGAGUGAAUUAUUGAGAGUGCCCGAAACUCAAAAUCUUGGUAAGGGAAGGAAGAAGAAUCCUUCAUUGAGUAAUUGUUUGGACGAGAAAGUUAAACGAAAGAAGUUGGGAUAUGAAGAGGAGGGGUUGAAAUCGAUGGAGAUCAGGAUUGCAGAUAGUGGAAAUUCGGAGUAUGAUUCAGAGUCUAGUACUGAAUCGGAUGAUUAUUCAACAGAGAUAAUCUCGAAAGCUUUGGUGAAAAGGCGAUGCAAGUCUAAAAUCCCUUUACUUGAGACGAGGCUGAGUAAGAAGAGUAAACUUGAUCAUGGUGGUACUGCUACUUCAAUUUCUCGGCAGAAGAUCAUUUCAAGAUCAGAAAAUAUGGUGCGAAAAACUGAUCGGCUGAUUGAGAGAAGUUCGGUUGUGACCAAGAAGAGAGGAACUCAAACAGGGAAGGAGACAAUGUGUUCAAUACCCCGGGUGCCUAAAGACUUUAUAACGACCCAAAGAGUCGAGAAAAGUCCUGCACACAACAUUCCAAACGUUGAUGAAAAUGAUCUCCAGGUUCCCACAAGUUUCAUUAUUAACAGGAACUGUCAGGCUCAGGCUCGUGUUCUAGACGAUGGACUCUGUCUCCCGUCAUCUCUGCUUGUUGAGGGAAAACAUUCCGAAAAUAGAAUUAAUAUCAAGGAGACUAGUGUAGCUUUCAAAGGAGACUUUAUUGAUCAAAAUGGGGAGACGACUAAUUUGAAGAAAAAAUCCGGGACCCCAGAAGCUGAAGAGAACAGUCCUCUGCCACAGGAACAGGAUACUCCUCUGCAGGUGUCGAAUCAAGUUCGAAAUGGAAAAGAACAGAUGAGUGAAGUUCGGAGGCGCAAGCAUGAUAUUGAUAUAAACAGUAUCCCAACAGACGACAAAGUUCCAGACGACAUACCGAUGGAUAUUGUGGAGCUUAUGGCUAAGAAUCAAUAUGAGAGGCAUUUCGGUGACCUGAAAGAAAAGCAAGAUAACCCAGCACCCCCAGGUAACUCGGGAAAAUAUACCCGAGAUGAUCGAGUCAAUACUUACGGUGAAUACUGGAAAAAAUUUGGGCAAUCUCAUUUUCUGAGCAUGCAAAAUCCGACAACUCCUAAUCCUAGAAAGUGCAUAGUGAAUGGUAAUAUGGUUCGUUUCUCUGACUAUAACCGCAACUCUCCUAGUGUCCCAGGUUGUCAUCCGAGAGAAAAUCCAAUUUCCGCAAGGUUUAUCUCGCCUAUACAAACCCAAGAGCACAAUUUCCCUCGUGGCUUGGAUUUAAACAAUUGGAAUAGGAAUUUUAGUAUGGAAGCGACACAAAGAUACUCUCCAAAUUAUUUCCAACCACUAGAGUCAUAUACAUUUCCAAGACCGAAUACUCCUGAGGCCUCCAGCGUAUGGCCCCCUGUAACAGCAAGCCGUGUGCCUUUGGGAAUCGCAAACUCACAGAUGGUCGCACACCCACACAAGACUAAAUUUGGCCACCAUCACACUUCUAGCGGCAUCUUGAAUUUCAAUGCACCGGGUUCUGUGAGCAUCGGGAAACAGCAGAAUCUUAAUUUCUCUAACCGGUACAGCGUUGGAGCACAUUUGGAAACUUCUGCAGGUUCGGUUGAUGGGUAUACCAAUGAUGCCAUUUCUGCUAUGCAUUUACUAAGCAUGAUGCAAAACGCCGCCAAAAUACAGGAUGCAGCCGUCUUGUCCUUGGCUCCCCCUCAACAAGGUGUGGCCGCUACUAGCUCAAGGCACCUAAUUAUCGAUAAUAUUCAAAAGACUGCUCAUCAUCCAUGUUACCCGACACCAAUUCCCAUAGCUCGAUCUUUUCCUUCUACCUUUCAGAAUGACGCGGGUAAUAUUCGAAAGAAUAACAAUAGCACUGGCACCGGAUUCCUGGGACCUAUUCCAUUGACAUUGCGAGGGCAAAGGAACAUCGAGAAUUCACAUUUUUCCCUUCAAGCUCCUCAAACAAGGCAUGUAAAGGGUUCUUCUUUGGAUAAGGGGAAAAACCCAUUUGUUAUAGCACAUCCCUCCCAGUCCUAUCCAACUCCUUUGCCAACUUCUAGCUUCCUGGUUCGGGGAGGAGUAAGACGUGAUGAGAGGACUAUUUCGCCAACCCCUGAGACAAUGAUUUGCAAGUUGAACCAGAAUCCAAGCGAGUUUAAUGACUUGAAGAAGAUGUCUCGGUAUAUGAUCGGGCCAGAGGAUUUGAAGCCUCGGGGAAAGCCUCGUGUAAAAUCAUCGCGGCUCAGGGAAGAUUCAAAGCGACAAGACGUCAAGCUAAACAAGCAUAACCUUCCUGUUCCUGGUAAAGACCGCGAAAAGCAGAGAAAACCUUAAGUAUUAUUGACACAUUUUGAUCGAUGAACACAAAGGAACAUAUAAAGCCUUUAAGAUCAUAAAUAAAUGAAUGGAGAAAUUCCAGAAAGUUGGAAGAAUCUCUUCAUCAAAAAACCAAACAUACAUCUGUUUUUGUUGCUAAGGUUAUUACUUGUAGUUGUAGCCUAGUAGAGUUGUACUAAGAUCCUUUCCUUAAAGGGAAUAAACUAAAUAUGUAGUAAUUUAUGUUACUAAUAAUGGUAUAGUAACAAAAUGGUCAUGUAUUUACAUAGGUUUUGUUGAGAUCUAAUCCAUUUGGAUGGUUUGUAAAGAAGAGAUUGGAACCUCCAUUUGACUGUAUUCUAAUUGUAAGUGAGAUGGUUCUCAAAAUUCUUCUGCCCUGUUUUGGGGUAUAGGCUCAAAUUAUUAUGUUAAAAAAGGACACAAAUUCACAAACAGCUGGUC